UAUAAUGCAACAGUAUUUAUUGACUUCGAGUGAUGAAGAGUAAAUAUUAUAUAUCAAUAUGUACAUCCAAUGCUAAAGCAUAUAUCCCAUCCCAAUUGACACUUGGCACAAAAAUCUUUCUAAAUCACCCACAUAAAGCUAAAUUUACUGUGACAUGCAACUCUGCAAUAUGGUCACCAACAUCAUCAAAGAAAAGCCCUUCAUAUGCAAUGUCGUUGAUGAAAACUAAUAUCAAGAAAUAUAUAUGUUUUGGAGAUUAAGCACAAGUUCUUUUUUGACUGUUUUGAUUAUAGUACAAAUGUUUAUGUUCAAUACAAGGUAUCUCUCAGAGCAACUCUUAGGAUGGAUUUAUGAUUUUUUUCAUAAUAUGCUGUUUUUCUCCCAAUUCUUCUGCCUUUACUAGCUGGUUUGAAUGGAAGCAAUGUAUACUAUACUAUGAGUUGCAACUUAAAUUAAACAUAUGUAUUCAAAUAUUGUGCACUCUCAAUGUAAUUUAAAAAUAUUAAAUUUGAUAAACAAAUGUAAAUAGAUUAGAUUCGAAGUAAACUAAGAAUUGCUGUUCUUGGAGGCUUGAAAUGUUAUCAGUCGAGUUGACAAAAAAGAACACACCCUCUUUAUUAUGUAAUUUACUCAUGUAAUACUUUUCCAUUAAGUCCCUUAUACAGCACAUUUAGAAAGGAACAGCAUUUGGCAUCAUUAUUCACAAGUGCUUGGAAAUGUAGAUACAAUUUUAGUAUCAUUUUUUUAUUUUAGUUGAUAUCAUCAAUUAUAUACUCUUUACGGAAUCCCAAUCCCCCUAGGGGCCUGUAAUAUAGUGUCAGAAUGCUGUAGUAAUGCAAUAUUUUCAUUUGUUACAUACAUUACGUAAUAUAUAAAUUUUUAAAUAGUCUCAUGACAUAUAAAGUCGAACUACGGUAACUUUUUAUUAAACAAGGUCAAAACAUCAACAAGCAACUUUCACAAGUGCAGCUGAAAGACUGCGAAGCGAAGUUAGGUAAAGUUGAUAGCCCAUAGAAGUGCAAUGGCUGCAGUUGAUCUGUCUAAAAUUGCCAACAAUAUGGUACGAUCCGUCGCAAGUGGUGAGAUGGUACCAAUGAGUAGUAUUUGGCAGAAGGCUACGGCAGUGGUUGUGUUCCUACGGAGGUUUGGAUGACCAUUUUGUCGACUGUGGUCAAGCGAGCUUAGCGAGAUCAAACCACAGUUGGAUGCAAACAAUAUUGUUUUGGCAGGAAUUGGUUUGGAAGAGCUUGGUGUGAAUGAGUUUGUCGAAGGGGGCUUUUUUAAAGGAGACUUAUAUGUGGAUGCAGAAAAGAAUAACUACAAAGCACUGCAGUUUAAAAGGUAUAACGCCUUAUCUGUUCUACCAGCAUUGGCUUCCAGAGUAACCAGGCUUGGUUAUUCUAAGGCUAAACUAAGGAAAAUCUCAGGCAACAUGAAAGGAGAUGGUUUCCAAAAUGGUGGCUUAAUCAUUGUAGCUGCUGCUGGUGAAAAGGUUUUGUUUAGUUUUAAACAAGAAUCUCCUGCCGAUCAUACUGAUAAUGAAGACAUCUUGAGCAUCCUUGGAAUUCGUUCACCAGGAGGAGAGCCUGGAGCAACAGCUGCUUCUGGAUAGGCAUGUUGUUGGUUUAUCAUCGAGCCAUUUAGAAGUUUAAAAAUUUUCAAAACUUGCUAAGCAUGUAAUUUAAUGAUGUAAUUGUAUUCAAUAGUUUCCAAUUUCGAUACAAUUAUUGAUGUAUUGGUAAUUAUAUCUGCAAGUUGCAAUUGAGGUUAUAGCUUUUUGUAUGGCAUCGUCAUAAUCAUUACGAACAUAUAAUUGCUUUACUGAUUGUCUAUAUUGAGUUCAUUUAACGUAUUUUAUGAUGUAAUCGGAUGUAAAGAGUAGUUGAUACAAAUCAGUUCGAUUGUUGAUAAUCUGUAUUACGUUUAUGAAGAAAAUAUACACAUGAUAGUAAAA